AUGGAUCAACUCAGCAGCAUCAUCGGCGAGAUGCUGAAAGCAUACCCGGAUCCCCAAGGCGCACGUCCGGUCGCCAACUACCCAGCGACUAUGUAUGGAGUUACCAUCACAUUUCAUAUGCUGAGUUGGAUAGCAGUAGGCUUCCGUCUUCACACACGCCUCAGAGUGGUUCGCGAGCCUUGGUGGGAUGACCUGUUCGUCUUCCUUGCAGCGGUCCUAAACUUGGUCUCGGUAGUUGCUUUCCUUGGAGGUAUCAAGUAUGGUCUCGGUCAGCACCUGGUCUACAUGAUGAACCUUCUACCAACCAUGAUGAAAUACCUCUACGUUACCAACGCUGCCUACCAUACGACUACCGCUCUCAUCAAGGUUUCGCUCCUGCUGCAAUACCUCCGACUUUUCCGACAAGGAAUUAUACGUUACAUCUGCAUUAUCCUCUUGAUUGUUGUAGCGAGCUGGGGUAUUGCCUUCUCCUUCCUUGUCUGGUUUCCCUGCCUUCCCGUAUCUGGAUUCUGGGACCGGAAAGCCAGCUCCAAGUGCUAUGGCUUUGGCUAUCGGACUGCUGAUGAAGCCAGGAUGACGCUCUUUAUAUUUGCUGGCACCAAUAUGUUCUUCGACAUUGUCAUCUUCAUGAUACCGCUUACGGAGUAUUUCAGGCCCGGACUCAGAAGAAAGCAAAUUCUGGCGAUGACGGGGCUGUUUAUCAUGGGUUCACUUGUUGUGUUGAUGGCCAUCCUUCGUCUCUGGAGCACAUUCAAGCACAGCGCAGACGCUAUUAAGAGCUUCGAUUUUACAUGGUGGUAUCCUGAAGUCCUCAUAAUUUCCUGCCUCGAAGUGGACUUUGCGAUCAUAUGCGCAUCCAUGCCCAUCUUCUGGCCCACUGUCGUUGCCAACUUCAACGCUAUCUUCGUUACAAAGGAGGUGCAUAUCACGCACCAGGACCGAUUUCAGGAUUUUGAGAUGGGGCGACCAACCUCGCUGAAGAGCACGGCUAGUCAGGAAGGUUUGACAAAGUUACCGAGCGGCGAGCAGAAGUCGUAUUACUAUAAUGACUUCGACACAGACGCCGGUACUGGCAAAAGCCUGGCCUUGACAGUGAGCGAGCAUGAAGCUCCGCAGAGGCGUUUAUUGUAA